CCUCCACCCCCACCCCCGCUCUACUUCCGCACCCGCAUCCCAACGACCCCCGCGCCCGACGCGCUCUACGCCGCGACGCGCGCCCAGCUCCGGCACGCCGCGACGCCGAACGAGGCGCCCAUCAACCCGCUCAGCCGCAGCAAGAUCGGCAAGGCUACAGUCCAACUCAGCGGCGACAAGAUGGCGGCGUUUUUGAGCGAGGUGCGCAAUGUGAGGCUGAGGAAGGUGGGGGAGGCGCCGCGGGAUUUGGAGAGGAGUAGGGAUUUUGCGAGGGGGGAGAAUUUGGGCUCAGGCUUAGGCAAACGAAAACGGGUUGGAGACGGGGAAGAGGAAGGGGAAGAGGGCGAGGGCGAGGUGGUAAGGAGGCUGAAGCGGCGCUUCACGAUGGCCGAGGGCGCGAACAAACCGCCGUUCGAGAAGAGCAGGAUGGACCUCGACCCGUUUUCGAGGAGUUUUGCGUUCGGUGCGAGGCCCGCUUCGGAUACUGGUUCCUCCUCUUCAUCCGCGGCGUCGGGGUCGGGGUCGGGGUUGAGGAGAGAGUAUGGACGCGUGCCGAGUUCGGUGGACGGGACGGACGUCACGCCGAGUCUAGCGUCAGACAACGACGCGGAGUCGUUGAGCCUCUUUGAAGACCGCGCUGUACGCACGCCCCCGCCCCCGCCGGAAUCGGCGCCGGUCGUGGCGGUCCGAUCGUCGGUGACGCGCCAGCACUCCGAAGCUAUACUCCCCGAAGAAGAACUGCAGCACCCAACCGCCGUUGAAGAUGUGGAUGCCGAUGUGGACCCGUCGCCUUUUAGGCGCACGUUCCCGAAGACACCCCUACCGUCCAACGCGCGGCAUUCGAGCACUUCAGACUCUGACUCGGAAGUGGGAGCGGGAGCGGGUGUUGGUGGUGGGGCGAGCCCGCCGAUGCAGCUGUCCGAUCUUCAGACGCUCCCGCUGCAGCCGCGGAUGUCGGAGAAGGCGCGGGGCAAGCAGCGCGCUGUGGAGUCUCAGUCACAACUCGGCGUGGGCGCUGCAAGCGGGAGGAAUGGUGCGAGUGGGAAUGGGAAUGUGGUUGGGAGUGGGGGAGGGCUGAGGAAGAGCUCGCUGGAUAGCACGAAGCGCAAGCCCGCGAGCCCGCUCGAUAGGCCCACCCCGCCGCGCGCGCGACCGCCGAGGAGAGUGCCGCGGGCUAGCUCGCCGCCUAUCCCCAUCUCUAUCCCGUCGAGCUUUGACUUUUCGCGGCGCGAAGAGGAAGAAGAAGAUCCAGAGAGCGAAGGAGGGGAUGGAGCUGAGGAGGAGGAGGAGGAGGAGGAGGAAGACGCGUUCAACGCCCACGCGCGCACGUCUACAACGUCGAGCCUCGAAGUGUCGUUGAGCGCAUCGACGGCUGCGCGGGAGGAGAUCGUGGCGAAGAGUCGCGUUGCGCGGAGUCUGAUUCCGCGGAGGGUGUAUGGCGGAGGUCGCAAAGCGGAAGUCGAGGUGGAAGAGGUGGAGGUUCAAGAGGACAGUGGUAGUAAGAGGGUGCCGGCUCGUCCGCCGACGCCGCCGCGCGCGCAUCAGCCCCAGCCUCAGCCGCAGACGAGGAUUCCGGCGAAGAAGGGCGGUGUGCCGUCGAAAGGACGUCUGCAGCAGGCGCAGGGGCAGACGUUCAAGAAAGCCGUCCCCGAGCCCGUACAUCCAAAGCCCAAACCUGCUCCCAAACCCUCCACUUCCACCUCUACAUCCGCCCACAAAUCCGCCCACAAAUCCCAACCUCAACCUCCGAAACCCCAACCUCCCCAACCCCAAUCCCGAAACAUAGAAGACUCUCGCCGCGACCGCCGCCGCACGCUCGAACAGGAGCUGCUCGAGGCCGCGGCGCGCGUCUCUGACGAUCGACUACUCGACCUCGAUUUGGAUGCGGAAAUGGAGGUCUUUCAGAGUCCGCCGCCCACCAGAGAAGAGAAGGAGAGGGAGAGGGACGUGUUCGAGGGGAAGGGCACGAGAAGUGGGAAGGGGUUUAUGGCGCAUGGUGGGGCGGGCGGGCGGCCUGUUAGGAUGGGGAGGGGGUAUGUAAGGGGUGCGUCGCAGGACGACGAGUGA